GUACGGAACGUUUAUUAUUUUGCUUACACAAACAAUUAAGUUUUGAGCUGUUAAAUCUUACGUUUACUUAAAGAUUUUAACUGUAAAGUGUGAACCAGUGCAUAUUGUGUCCAAAAUGUGUGUUAACAGAGGUGAAUAACAAUAUCCUGAAGGUUUUUAAUCAAUUAACAAUAUCGAUCAUACCGAAAGUUACCGUCGUUAACUUUAUACAGUGAAGUGUUUGGCUGCUACGCGUAAGCGACGUCGAUCUCACGGCGCUUAGGACCUUUUUCCCGCGAGCUUAAGCUUGCUUGUUGACGAUCGCACUCACUCAGCGAACAAAUAAGACGUUCUUGCAGACUUUUGUGUGUUUGGAUUUGCACAAAUUACCUACCAUGAAUUGCGCUGGAUGUGAUAGUCGUUUACUCGACAACGAACAUUUAAAAUGCAACACUUGCACCUCAUUUUUCUGCCUAGCGUGUCUGAGUAUUAAUAAAGGCAGCGUUUCUGAAAUCGACCCAAAACAACUAGCCAAAUUGAAGUGCCCUUCCUGCAGCAACGUUACGAGACGCAAUAACGACGAUAGCUCACCUGUGCGCCCUGGUCAUAUGGGCGGCAUGCUAAAGCCUAACACCACUGGUAUUCAAACAAGGAACAACAAGAAAAAUAUUUCUACCCCGGAGCAGUCUCCUCAAGUGAAUUAUGACGCAACUCAGCAUGCUAUUUUGGCGGAGAUAAGAAGUCUGAGAUGUGAUAUGAACAAACAGUUCGAGAGUCAGCAGGCCAACCUUGACAAGUCGAAUGCUAUCUUGUCAAGCCUACAGAAGGAGGUACUGGAUCUUGGAGCCAGGUUUUCAUCCAUGCGGGCUGACCUGGAUGGAGCAAUUGAAUCUAUACAGUUUUUAUCGGAUCAUCACGACACUCAAUCCAAACUCAAUAGUGAUAAUGUGACCACGAUUUCAAGGUUGCUUAAGGAUAAUAUGACAUUGCAAUCCCAGGUAUCGAGCAUAAACGCUAAAUUGUCACAAAUUGAGCAGCAAUCAAGAGAAUGCAAUAUUGAGAUACAGUGUGUACCGGAAUUCAAAAAUGAAAAUCUGCUUACGACCUUUCAACAGCUCCUGAAAAUCACAUCAUGUGAGCUACCCAACGCAGACAUCGUGUCCUACCACCGUGUUGCCAAGAUAAAUUCCGAGUCGGAACGCCCUAGAAACAUUAUUGUUAAACUCUCGAGCACUCGUGCGCGUGAUCAGGUGUUGGCUGCAGUUAAGGUUUUCAACAGACAAAACAAGAAUAACAUGCUGAAUACCAGCCUCCUAGGAAUCGCCUCCGAGAAGCGACCUAUAUAUGUAACGGAACAUUUGUCACCCUCAAAUAAGCAACUACAUGCCGCUGCUAGGGCAUUCGCUAAAGAAAAGCAAUAUGAGUUUGUGUGGAUUCGAGGCGGACGCAUUUUUAUUCGUAAAGACAGUAACCAUGCUUCUGUACUAGUGCAGAAUAUUGAAUUUUUAAAAACAUUAAAAUAAUUGUAAUAAAUUGUAAUAACAAUAAAUACACCUACUUGCAUGAUUUUUUGAGUUAUCAUAUUUAAAUUCAAUUUAAAAAUUUAUUACCAAAAUGUUAGAGGCUUGAGAACAAAAACUGAAAACUUUUAUUUAUCUGCUAUACGUACCGAUUAUGACGUUAUAGUGCUGACUGAGUCCUGGCUUAAUAAUACCGUGUUUGAUAGGGAACUUUUCGAUGACCGUUAUGACGUUUUUAGACGGGACCGAUGCACCUCAUCUUCACACUUAUCAAAAAAAGACGGUGGUGGUGUGCUGAUUGCUGUUCAUAAAAAAUUUAAAGCGAUACGUAAAACUAAGUGGGAGUCAUCUUGUGAAGAAUUAUGGAUUUCCUUAAAAUGUGAUAAUGUCACUGAUAUAUAUUUUUGUUCGUUAUACAUCCCUCCGCCACCCAGUCCGGAAUACUUAAACAUUUUAUUUAACAAUUUAACUCAAGUUAUUCAAAACUAUAUACCACAGUUAUCCACUACAAUAAUUUUGGGUGACUUCAAUAUGGGCGAUAUUGUGUGGACUGUGAGCGAUGAUCUACAAAAUAAUUAUAUGGCCUCAUUACCUUCAUGUAAUACAAAUGUCAACAAUUUAAUCGAUACAAUGUCGUUUGUUAAUCUAUAUCAGUGUAAUUCAAUUACAAACAAAAAUGAGCGAAUUCUGGAUUUAGUAUGGUGCAAUCAACCUGAGCGCUUGUCAGUGUGUGGAGCCGUUGAUCACUUGGUAGAUAAGAUAGAUUCACAUCACCCACCCAUAGUUGUUACUCUCUCAAUACCUAAUCGAAAAACAUUGAAACCUAAACGGAUCAGAAAAUUAAACUUCUUUGCUUGUAAC